GUCAGCAAGUAGUGAUAAAACAUAUCAAAGAAUUGAUGAGGAAAUUAGAGACCCACCUGGACUAAGUGACGAUAUAAUCCUGAAGGUUAAAUCUGCUGGUGAAAUAAACGGUGAUGAAGAGGAAAAUGAUGGAAUUAUGAAGAGAAAGAUAAGAAAUGGGAUGUUAUCGACGAUCAACUGUAGUAUGCAAAAUCGAAGCAUGAAAAUGGGAUGUUUGAAAACUUACAUGAAUCGAAAGACAGGACCGAUCUUGAUGAGUAAUA